AAUCGGCGCCUCCUCCGCAGCACAGUGUGCCGCCGCUCUACCGCAUCCACCAGUUGAACUCGCCGGCGCGGCGGGAUUCGCGGGCUCUUCUCCGGCGCGGCCGAUGGGGCGGCUCGCCGCUCGGAGGAGCGCCGGGAGCUGCAGUUCUAGCUGUUUGAGGCUUUGAGCGAGUGGGGGGUAGUAGAAGUUGUAGGUGGUGGGGAGGACGGGGGUGGGAGGGGCGAUGAAGGCGCUGCGGCGAUCCAGCACCUCGUCCUCGUCGUCGGCCUCGUCGUCUCCCAGGGCGCCUUGCUCGCCGCCGCCGUGGGUCCACCUCCGGUCCCUCCUCGUCGCCUCCUCGUCGUCGUCCUUGGCGUCGUCGGGGAAUUCAGGCUCGGCGGCGGCGGCGGCGGCCUCCUCGGCCUCGUUCUCGCCGGCUUCCUACUCGCCUCAGUCUGACGGGGGUGGAACUAAAUCUCCAUGGUCUCGAAGGAAAAGAAAACGGCCACUUUCUUGUCGGCAGUGGAACCAUCUAUUUUCAUCAAAUGGGAGGCUUCGCGAUGGAGGGAGGAAGUUUCUGAAGAAAGUCCGUAGUGGGGGAGUUGAACCGGACAUCAGGGCUAAAGUUUGGCCGUUUCUACUUGGAGUAUAUGAUUUGAAUAGUUCUGAAGCAGAAAGGAAUGUCGUCAAGACAAAUAAAAGGAAUGAGUAUGAACAGCUGAGGCGUAGGUGCCAUCAUGUUUUAAACUCCUAUAAGGGAAGUGGACUGAAUGUUAUAAGUGAAGUCACCUGUGAGUAUCAUAGUUGCUCUGAAGAAUCAGAGCAACUUAAUUUGGAAAGUGUCAGUACAAGGGCUUCCCCGUCACCCAAGGGAUUGAAUUCUUUAAAAUGUGGGACAAACCGACAAGAGAAUGCCACUGAAAGCAUAGAUGAAGAUACGAGUGAGUUAACUUAUGCAGAUCCAUAUGUGGCAGAAUCAGAAUCUUCUGAUUCUGGGACUUCCGAUGAAGAAGACCUUGAUAAGAUCUCUGUCUCUGCCAAUAUGGAAGUGAACUCUGAUCUAGAUCCUAAAUUUGUCAGGAGUGCCUCAUCCAAGUCAGACUUUUUUAUGAAUAAGAAAACUCCAGAGGAUUUUGGGACAUGGCAACGCAUUAUACGCUUGGAUGCUAUCCGAACAGACCCUGAAUGGGCUUUAUUAUCUCAUAACCGUGCUGAAGUAUCCAAGGAGAAAGCACUGGAGCACGCAAGAUCUGUUGGUUUGAGAGAUUAUGACCACUUAGAGCCUUACAUGAUUUAUCAUGCUGCUCGGUUAGUUGCAGUGCUUGAGGCAUACGCACUGUUUGAUCCAGAGAUUGGCUACUGCCAAGGUAUGAGUGAUCUCUUGUCACCUAUAAUUGUGGUGAUGGAGGAAGACCAUGAAGCGUUCUGGUGUUUUGUGGGCUUCAUGAGGAAAGCGAGGCACAACUUCAGGCUCGACGAGGUGGGAAUAAGAAGGCAGCUGAAGAUUGUCUCCCAGAUCAUCAAGCGCAAGGACUCGCACCUCUAUCGACACCUUCAGAAGCUGCAGGCUGAGGACUGCUUCUUUGUAUACAGAAUGGUGGUGGUUCUCUUCAGGAGAGAGCUCACUUUUGAGCAGACCUUGUGUUUGUGGGAGGUGAUGUGGGCUGAUCAGGCAGCCAUUCGAGCUGGGAUUGGAAGGUCCACAUGGGCGAAGAUAAGGCUGCAUGCACCUCCAACUGAUGACCUGUUGCUCUAUGCCAUUGCAGCCUGUGUCCUACAGAAGAGAAAGCUUAUCAUUGAGAGAUACAGCAGCAUGGAUGAGAUACUUAGGGAGUGCAAUAGCAUGGCUGGGCAGCUUGACGUCUGGAGGCUUCUUGAUGAUGCACAUGACUUGGUGGUUAACCUCCAUGACAAGAUCUGAUGCAUCUGCUCUUGGCAGAUCGAUUGUUAGGAUAGAGUUACAAAAAUACUGUGCAAACCUCGGCGAAUUCCUGAGGUGUUCUUUCACCAAAAGGUGAUCUUUUGAAAACCUGUUGUUUUGUCACCCGGCAUUAAGAAAAAAUUCGUUCCGGGCAUAGGAGAAUGCGGUACUUAGCAAAGCUGAUUUGCUAUACCUCACCAAGGCACUGGCAAUGUAAACCGUACAUUGUUUAAUGCUGGGAAAAUUUUGUUUUUGCCUUUAAUGCGUAUUAGAGGCAAAAACAUCAUUAUCCCCUUAAAUCUUUUAUAGAAAAAUAAUUUCUUUUACCUGGAA